AUGUAUAAUAAGAGUCACAAUUUGGUGGGAAUUUUCAGAAGAGGGAGAGACCCGUUUGUAGAGAUGAAGCGAUUCUUCAAACCAGUUGAGAAAGAUGGCUCUUCUAAGAAACCCAAUCUCAAUAAUAAUGUCACUUCUUCCUCCCCAAUUUCAUCUGCAAAAGAAGGUGACAAUAAUGAUGCCGAAUUCCCCAGUUCCGGUGAUGGCAACCAGAGAGAAGAACCUUUGAAGUUCUUGACUUGGAACGCAAACAGUUUGCUUUUGAGAGUGAAAAACGAUUGGCCUGAGUUUACCAAGUUCGUCGAGAACCUUGACCCUGAUGUUAUUGCCGUGCAGGAAGUCAGGAUGCCUGCUGCCGGUUCCAAGGGUAAACCCAAGAACCAAAGAGAGUUGAAAGAUGACACAAGUGCUUCGCGCGAUGAAAAGCAGGUCAUGAUGCGUGCUCUGUCGAAUCCAACAUUCAGAAAGUACAAUGUAUGGUGGUCUCUUUCAGAUUCAAAGUAUGCUGGAACUGCACUUUUGAUUAAGAAGUGCUUUGAACCGCAGAAGGUUUCUUUCUCUCUUGAUAAUACAGGUUCAAAGCAUGAGCCAGAUGGCCGUGUGAUUUUGGCCGAAUUUGAUACAUUUAGGUUACUGAAUACCUAUGUGCCCAACAACGGCUGGAAAGAAGAGGAAUCCUCUUUUCAAAGGAGAAGAAAAUGGGAUAAGAGGAUGCUAGAAUUUGUAAUACAAAACUCAGAUAAACCUCUUAUUUGGUGUGGUGAUCUUAAUGUGAGUCAUGAAGAUAUAGAUGUCAGUCAUCCUGAAUUUUUUGCCACAGCAAAACUCAAUGGUUAUAUCCCUCCAAAUAAAGAGGAUUGUGGACAGCCUGGAUUUACUGUAGCAGAGAGGAGGCGAUUUGGUGAUAUACUAAAACAAGGGAAGUUGGUUGAUGCUUAUAGAUACCUGCACAAGGACAAAGACAUGGAUCGUGGGUUCUCAUGGUCAGGCAAUCCUAUUGGAAAGUAUCGUGGAAAGAGGAUGAGAAUUGACUACUUCAUUGUAUCUGAAAAGCUUAAGGAGAGGAUUGUUUCCUGCGAGAUGCAUGGGCACGGAAUUGAAUUAGAUGGAUUUUAUGGGAGUGACCACUGUCCGAUAUCCCUUGAACUAUCUUCAGCCAUUGCCAAAGCGGACGAGGAAGCGUAAUUUUUAGUUUUAAUGUCAAGAUGGUAGGAUAAUGUUCAUGUUAAAUGUGUUAGUGAUGAUUCUAACUGAUUAGUAGUAGAUUAAUGAAGAUCAUUCAUGAUUACUUAAUCUUUGUCAUCUGUUGUGAUUCAGUCUAUUCAGG